AUGGGCGUUUAUGAAGAAGCAAAAGCUCGCAUAUCAAACUUGACAAAUAGAACUCGUCGUGUGUAUGAUGCAGGGGAGGCAAUCAAAGGAGAUUCGAACGAUACGAAGGCAAAAAUUAAAUUUAAGAUAAUGUACGCAACUCUAGAAAAGUUAUCUGAAGAUUUUGAAACGCAGCUGUCGACAAUUAUUCGAUAUCAGUGCAAAGGAGCAGCAGAGCCGGACGACAAAGGGGAAACAGAAGAAUGGCAAGCUGAGUUUGAAGAGUUGUAUGUAGGCUGUAAAAUUCUUGCAGAUGAGUAUCUGCCCGAGGCUGCGGUGGAGUCAACGUUAAAUAGAACUUUUUUCGAACAAAAACCACCUAAUUCUACUAAUACCUAUUUUCCAGUAGAAAAAUUGUCUGUUCCGAUAUUUAGGGGAAGUCCACUAGAGUACACAAGUUUUCGAAACAUGUUCGAUAUUCUGGUACACGAAAGUAAUAUGUCACCGGUACUUAAAUUUGGAUAUCUGAAAUCCAGAUUGGAAGGAGAACCCUUAAAACUAAUCGGAAAUCUGAUGUUGACGGCCAGUAAUUAUGAGCUAGCCUUAUCGCAGCUAAAUGCAAGGUAUUCAAACCGUCGUAUUAUCGCCGAGAGUCACCUUGACGAGUUGUCUAAAGCACCUAAUGCAUCGCACGAUGAUGGAGAUCAGUGGGAUCCAAUUCUGUUAUAUUUGUUACAAAAGAAGUUGGACCAAAACCUCAGGACACAGUGGGAAUUGUUAGUAGACACUACUGAAGAUCCAACGGUAUUAGAGUUUGUCACGUUCCUCACCAAGUACAGUAAAUCAGCUACUGUAUGCCAAGCCAACGACAAACCUGCCACGAGCAGAGGAAGCAAGUUAUCAAAAACCACCGCUUUAUUCAGUGAUCGCACAGAACAACGACACACCUUUGCACCGAAGAGAACUAGCACUAAUCAACCAGAGAAGAGGACGUACACGUGUCAAGUAUGCAAUAGUCAUCCAGGACAUUUGUUAAUACACUGUCCAUUAUUCAGAGAAAAGUCACCAACCGAACGUUAUCAAAUAAUUAAAGAUCUGAAACGUUGUUUUAACUGCUUCAGCGCGCACAUGGCAAGUGAAUGUAUGAACCCAAAAAAAUGCUCAGAGUGUAGUGCAAAACACCACACCUUACUUCAUUUCGGUGACCACGAGCAGGUUGUCACUUCUGCACAUGUCACGGUGGCCACGUCGUCUACCAGAGACCCCCAUGCCUCAGUUUUGUUAGCAACCGCCAGCGUGGUGAUUCAGAAUGAAGAAGGAAAUCACGUCACCGUACGAGCACUAUUAGACAGCGCCAGUCAAAGUAGUUUUAUAACUGAGCGUUGUGCUCAUCUAUUGCAAUUGGUCAGGAAAAAAUGUGACGUUAUGGUACAGGCUCUGUCUGGGACACGUGUUCCUGUGGUAAAAGGAAGCGCCAACAUAAUUAUACGUCCUGUCGAUCAAGAAGAACCGCAAUUUAACGUAGAUGUCCUAAUUUUAUCUCGUAUAACAGGACCUGUGCCGUCAGAACGCGUGUGGUCAGAUAACUGGCCCCACAUACAUGGAUUACAAUUAGCCGACCCUGAAUAUUCCGAGACGCUACCGAUUGAAAUUUUGCUCGGUGCCGAUGUAUUCCCCCACCUUUUCCUAGGUGAUAAAAGGGAAGGUACCGCGGGACAACCGAUUGCCAUGUCUACGGUCUUCGGGUGGGUGCUCAUGGGAAAAACGUCUAGUGCACCAGACAGGAACAUAGUCACUAUGUGCUCAACCAUGGAUGCAGUCGACCGAACGUUACAGCUUUUUCUAGAAAACGAGGACGUUCCAACCGUAGAGAAAUCUAGUCAGGCUGACUUGGAAUGCGAACGAAUAUACCAAUCAACCACAACGCGCCAAUCGGAUGGUCGUUAUAUAGUGCACUUACCAUUUCAGCAAGACCCACCACUUCUCGGGAAAUCGAAAGACGUGGCAUUACGUCGGUUAGAACAGUUGGAAAAUCGGUUCAAACGGUUUCCUGAGCUCCGUGACGAGUACCACAACGCAAUGAAGGACUAUCUGGCCUUGGGUCAUAUGUCUCAAAUAAAAGUGCCAUCAGCCGAUGAACCGACGGGUGCGUAUUAUAUUCCUCAUCAGGCAGUGCUGCGUCCGGAGAGCACAACUACGAGAAUGCGCGUUGUUUUUGACGCUUCGGCAAAGUCUUCUUCAGGACUAUCUUUAAACGAUAACCUUUGGUGUGGAGAAAAACUACAACAGGAAUUACCAAGCAUAGUUCUACGUUUCAGACUACAUCCCGUUGUAUUUACUGCUGACGUAAAACAAAUGUUCCGUCAAAUAAAAGUGACCGAAGCUCACCGGCCGUACCAACGUUUACUAUACCGUUUCACGCAAAACGAGCCGAUUCAGGAGUACGAAAUGAAUACGGUGAUGUUCGGUCAGAAAUCCUCGCCGUUCCUAGCCAUACGGACUCUACAUAAGUUGGUAGAGGAUGAAGCAGCUAACAUGCCCACCGUGCGAGAGGUUGUACAGCAUGACUUGUAUGUGGAUGAUGUGGCGACAGGAGCAGAAACCGAAGAACUGGCAAUGGAACUUCAAAAAAACCUCGUGGAAGUUUUCGCAAAAGGCCAAUUCGAAUUCAGGAAAUGGUCAAGUAACUCAGAAAAAUUACUAGCUUCUAUUCCUGUUGACCAUAGGUAUACACAACCAGUCACGCUCAUCGAGCAAGAGUCUGAGCAAACCAAGGUACUUGGUUUAAACUGGGACCCAAAAGCUGAUGUACUUAGUUACAAAUAUCAACCCAAUCCUGUGAAAUAUAGUAAACGCGCUAUACUUUCCGAAGUUGCCCGCAUUUACGAUCCUCUUGGGCUGUUAUCACCAGUUACCACAGACCUCAAGAGACUCAUGAAAUAUCUCUGGUUGGUAGAAGUUGGUUGGGAUGAACCCAUCCCUGAAGAAGCGGCGACCGCGUGGAAAAAAUAUCAUCAGGAAUUGCCCGUGUUGGCCACGUUAAAAAUUCCUCGUCUUGUCACACACACUCGAGCGUCGUAUGAGUUGCACGGAUUUAGCGACAGCUCAGAGGCAGCGUACGCAGCAGCCGUAUACAUACGUGUAACUUCAGAAAGCCAAACCAAUUGCCACCUUCUGAUGGGAAAGUCGAAGAUAGCCCCAGCUUCAAAGGUUUCGGUCCCACGGUUAGAGUUGUGCGGCGCGUGGCUACUUGCUCGUCUCAUCAAUUACGUUCAGCAGCACCUCGAAAUGCUAAAGAUAUCAAAUGUUACUGCUUGGACGGAUUCCACGGUAGCAUUAUCUUGGAUUCGGACACCAACGGUACGACUAAAGACGUUUGUAGCAAAUCGUGUGGCAAAAAUACAACAGCUAACCGACACUAAAAUAUGGCGCCAUAUUCCAACCCGUGACAACCCCGCCGAUUGUGCGUCCCGAGGACUUGGGCCUAACGAUCUAGCUACACAUGAGUUAUGGUGGAAGGGUCCCAAAUUCCUACGCCAACCGGAGAACACUUGGCCUGUGGAGGGCACAAGGUGUCCCGAUAGUUGUCCAGAGGAAGAAGUUGAGCAGAAGCGGAUCACCCUACUCACCCAAGUUGUCGACGAUGAAUGCCGUGUACUGUGGCAAUCAGAUAACUUAUCCAAAGUGCUAAGACUCACAGCGUAUCUGUUGAGGAUAGUUGACCGGCUAAGAAAGAAAACCAUUCCACAUUGGACGUCGCCACCGACAACAGAGGAGACCGACAGAGCGCUACGGUCCUUGAUACGUUGGACACAACAGGCUUUCUUUGAAGACGCCAAAAAAGCUUUUAGAGCCGAUAGAAGUGGCCCGGUUCAUCUGCGAAGGCUCGCCCCUUUCUUGGACAACGAGGACCUUCUCAGGGUGGGAGGUUGCUUAGAGCAUGCACUUAUACCAUAUACUGAAAAACAUCCUCUUCUCUUGCCAAAAACUGCUCGAUUGACCGAGCUAUUAAUCGAUCACGUCCACCGUACCAAAGGUCACCCCGGACCACAAACGAUGCAAAAUCUAUUACUACAGAACUACUGGAUACUUUCGUCUCGUAGUAUUAUUAAAAAGAGAGUACAUAGAUGCGUACCAUGUUUUCGUGCGAAGCCUCGUCCAGUACAGCCAUUUAUGGGCAAUCUACCUCAGUUCCGUCUAAAUCAAAUAAAGCCGUUCAGUAAGGUCGGCGUGGAUUUUGCGGGCCCUUUUGACGUUAAAGCAGCCAUGAUACGUAAGAUCAAAAUAACCAAAGCCUAUAUAUGUAUAUUCAUCUGUCUGGUCACUACCGCAGUACAUAUCGAACUCGUUUCCGAUUUAUCGACCCCUCUUUUCAUCGCUGGUCUGAACCGCUUCAUCAGCCGGAGGGGCCGGUGCACGGAUAUCUACAGUGACUGUGGUACCAAUUUCGUGGGAACCCAUCGGUACUUAACGGAGGUAGAGACUAUCAUCCAGGGUGCUGAUUUUUCCAACAACGUUCUUGAACAUCAAAUUCGAUGGCAUUUUAACCCACCUUCGGCGCCACACAUGGGAGGAAUAUGGGAGGCUGCCGUAAAAUCGACAAAGUCACUUUUACAUCGUGUAAUCCAGAACACCGUUCUUACAUACGAAGAACUUAAUACAGUACUCCACCAAGUGGAAGCUACGCUAAACUCAAGACCCUUAAGUGCCAUGUCAUCGGAUCCAAGCGACUACAGGACCCUCACGGCGGGUCACUUCUUGACCCUGGAACCACUUGUAACGAUCCCGAGUCCCCAGGAUGUCGCAGAUUUGGUUACAAUGAGCUCCCAUAAGCGAUGGUCACUGAUCCAACAGAUUCAGUAUCAUUUCUGGACUCGGUGGAAAAAUGAGUAUUUGCAUACUUUACAGGAGAGACCUAAGUGGAAUCGCCCCGACAAGAACCUGCAACUCGAUGACCUUGUCAUCAUCAAAGAACCGACUCCUCCGCUCAAAUGGAGUACCGCAAGAGUUAUCGAAGUACAUCCCGGAGACGACGGCAUUGUGCGAGUGGCCAAAGUAAAAACUUCAACCGAAAAAGUUCUUACCCGCCCUGCGGUAAAACUAUGCCCAAUGCCCUUGAGAGAUUGA